CUGAAGGAAGCUGAUUACUGCUGGUUUCAAAUUGGCUGGGAACAAUACACACACACACACACACACACACACAGCCCGCACCCUGGCUCCCGCGCCGCCGCGCCGCGCCGGGGGGGGAAGAUGAGCUCAGGGGACGUCGUUUGCACUGGAUGGCUCAUUAAAUCGCCCCCCGAGAAGAAACUCAAGAGAUACGCAUGGCGCAAGCGCUGGUUCGUGCUACGCAGAGGCCGCAUGAGCGGGAACCCAGACGUGCUGGAGUACUACAGGAACAACCACUCCAAGAAACCUAUUCGCAUCAUCGACCUCAAUGAGUGUGAAGUGCUGAAACACUCAGGGCCCAACUUCAUCAAGAAGGAAUUUCAGAACAACUUUGUCUUCAUUGUGAGAACCACCUACCGCACCUUCUACCUGGUAGCCAAAACUGAGGAGGAGAUGCAGAUCUGGGUGCACAACAUCAGCCAGAUCUGUAAUUUUGGGCAUUUAGAAGAUGGCACAGAUUCUGCGGAGAGCCUGUCGCACACCACCUCGUCCCCGCAGCCCUCGCCGGCCGCCUCCACCCACGCCUCCCGCGUCGCCGAUCCCUCCUUCUCCGUCGACGGUGCCGCCGCCGACACCUCCGCCGCGGAGGAGACCCCCAGCGAGUCCGAGUCGGUCUUCCUCCCGGAUUACCUCUUCCUCUCCAACUGCGAGUCGGGCAAGCUGGGUCACACCAGAUGUGACAGCUGGUCCAACUCUGACAGAUCGCUGGAGCAGACCUCAUCAGAUGACGUCUUUGUCGACACCUUGCAGUCCCAACCCUCUUUGUACCUUGUGCAGCCGUCUAGUGCUGGCACCAUCCACCAGGACGGGGCCCCUGCAGCAAACCAUGGAGCCAUCUCCAGGAGCAUAGACAUUAGCAGGCCAUCCAGUGACUUUUCCUCCUCCUCUCCAUUGCUGGGGACACCGCUAACACCAACCUUGCAGAUUGAGAAGAGCCAAAACACGCUGCCCUACGGCGUAACCAAGCUGGAUGUGCUGUCCAACACGCCGCCACCCCGGCCACCCAAGCCCACCCAUUUCUCUGACAGGAAAGGGGAAGAGCUGGGCAGUGGGACCCUGCACAACGGCCACGCUGGGAUCUGCCGGGCCCAUGUCACUUUUGUGCCGAGGAGAAUCUCCUUGUCCAGUUUAGACAACGUCAGGAACUGGAAAGCAGACAUGGAAGGCAGUUCUUUAAGAAGCCGAGAUAAGAGGCUUAGCUUGAAUUUGCCCUGUCGAUUCUCCCCGCUCUACUCGACCACGUCGGACAGCACAGAGGACAGCUACGUGCCCAUGCGCCCCAGCACCUCGCCGUCUCUCCCUGGCUCCGACUGCUCGCCCGAUGGCUACAUUCCCAUGAGCCCAGGCUCAGCCACGUUUACCUUCCCUGUUGUCAGCACUGAAAAACUCACCAGCCCCCUGCCUGAGCUUCCCUCGAACCUGGAGCCCCCGCCGGUGAACCGAGACCUCAAGCCUCGUAGGAAAUCACGGCCUCCUCCACUGGACCUGAGAAACCUCUCCACAAUCCGAGAGCAUGCCGCUGUGACCAGGAUGUGGACUGUGCCUUACAAUCGAAUGAGCUUUAUCUCACCAGAAAGAGACGGUAUUAAUUCAGCAAGAAUAUUUGCCAAUUCAGUUUCCGGAGAAGAGGAAGAAAGUUACAUUCAUAUGGAACACAGACAGGCAACAUCUCCGUACAGUGGUGCUUUUCCAUGGACAAGGAAAUCUAACCUUGAUUACUUAGCGUUGGAUUUUAAUUCUGCUUCCCCAUCCCCUGUACAGAAGAAACCUUUUCUCUCUGAGGAGCAGAGAGUGGACUACGUCCAGGUAGAUGAGCAGAAGACUCAAGCUUUACAGAACACUAAGCAGGAAUGGACAGAUGAGAGGCAAUCUAAAGUUUAAAGGAAGAAGGUCUGGGAUUUGGAGGAUUUUCUUUUUGCACUGGAACCACAAUGUUAAUGAAGCAGCUAUCACAGUAGCAUUCAGAGGCAGAGAGAGUUGUAAGAUGUUUAUGGUCUCUAGAGGAAUUACAUUUUUAAUAGAAAACCUUUGAUUUCAGCUGGAAAUAGUAUGUUGAAUGCGUGAGUGGUUCGCUGAUGAUUAAAGUAAUGCAUUACUCUUUUUACUGCCCUUACCAGUAAGCUACAUGGUACCAUUUUCUGGCAUGAUUCUGGGACAAGUCAUACACUUAAUAUUAACAAAUCCACUACAUGUUGCAUUAAUCUAGUUAGUCCUGCCUUCUUCCUCUGUUGUGUAAUUCCUUGUUGCUAAAGCUAUUUUUUGAUAUUCCUUCAAAUGCUGCAGGUGCUCAAAAUGCUAAUGGCACUGGGCAUCUGACAGCUGUUGGUGACUAAUCAACUAAGGGCUAAAAUACUGAAACAAUAAAAAGAACUUUUUAAAUACGUAGUGCUUAAGUAAAGAGAAUUUUGGAAAAUAAUUUUCGCCUGGAUUAAAAAGGUCUGACUCUGAGCUGAUGCUGUUAGAAACUCAAAAUAGGACUAUGCAUCGCUGGAACUGGAAAGCCUCGUCUGUGACCCUCCAGAUGAUGGUCAUCAUAUUAAGCUGCUUCUCCUCAUUGCGGCUUAUACAUGUUGCCUUUCCAUCCAGUUACUACUGAUAUUUUCUUCCUAUCUUGAGGGAUGUCUUCAGCACAGCCCUGCACAGACGCUCCUCUAGCAGGAGGCUGCAGACGCACAGCUCUUGCUUGGCCAAAAAGUAGAAAGGGAAGCUGUAAGCCUGUUUGCGCAAGUCUUGGGAGAACUGGCAAAGGAUCAAGAAUGCUUUCAUCCGAACUGCAGAAAAAAUGCAAGUGGAAUUGCUGGUAGCAGUCGUCAGACCGAUUGUUUGGUUAGACACACCCCGACGAGAGAGAGCGUUAGGAAGCGCCGCACGGUCCGAGAGGCCGGCAGGCCUGCCAAAAUACAGCAGCAACAAUACGCUUACGCAGCAUGAGGACCUCUGGGCUCAGGAAGCUUAUCUACCUUGGGACUUGUAAGGAGCACUAUCUCAGGAUCACAUACGUGUAUGGUUUAUAACAUAUUUAACUUUAAAAGCCUGGCUGCAAUCUUCAUUUUAAGGUGGCACAUGGCCUCUCGAAUAAAGCAAGUAUACAGCACCAUCGUGUUACCCCACACUGGAUUAGAUCUUGGAGCCUUUCCUUGUGCAAGUAAGUCCCACUAGCCGUAAGAGGUCCGUUCCUGUUGGCAAGGAUAGAGAACCAGGAUCUUUACGAGGGCCAGUUCACUGGCCUCCUCUCAUGUGCCUGUUGUUACUGCAUUAUACUACUGUAAUUUAACAUGCAAAAGAUGUUGAUUUACCAAACCGAGGUCAUCGAAGUGUCAUCACAGAAAUCGCUGACAUUUCAAGCUUCCUAGUUACCAUAUUUCAUGCCUGCAUUCUGCAUUCAGCUGUUGGGGCACUUUGGAAGGCUGAGGAGUGGAAGGCCCCUGCUACAAACGGCAGCUUAGCGAAUAGAAACACCAUUUUUCUCCUACCUCAAGAUAGCUGAAGUGCUUGCAAACCUUGCUUUCCUUAGAGCAAAAACAAAGCUGGUGACCUGCAACGAUCAGUGUCUUAGCUUCUCCUGCAAGAACAGCGAGCUUCACCCGCACCUUUAUUGACUCUGGGGCAGGCUGCACACCCGACUCUGCAGGCAUGAAGCGUCCUGGACUGGAGCCGCUCAGGAAAAUGGGAGUCAUAUUGCAGAAAGUAGACUUGCUGUUCCAGCCUUCUCUCUCCCCUCAAAAAAAGCUCUAAAAUAAAAGCUGAUGUUCAGAAAAGCUUUGAGAAUUCAGACUUUUUGGCAGAAAUCAUACCUAUUUGGUGUGAAAUUGUUUGUUGAAAUCCCAAUUUUUUGCACUAAAACUGAUUUAGGAGAGCUCUGACCAGCUUUGUCCUGGGUCAGGGGAGACGUUGUGGCAGGAGAAGGGAGGUCAGGGAGACAUGCACCUCCUCAGAGGUGGCACAGAGGUAGAAGCACAACAGUUGUUACAAAAACACAGAUGUUUUUGGUGCAUGCUGCAGUACUGAAAGAGUUAAAAGAUCAGCUAAGAAGUGUAUUACAAUAUGGGGCCACCAUACUCAAGAGCCCUGCAAAGCACAGAAAACCUCCACAAAUUGCACUUUGCUUCUGCAGAUCCCAAUUGCAGAGUGAUAGCAUGGGAGCCACUGAUUCAGAUUGCAACAGCGUGCAAAUUAGGUUGUGUUUUACUGGAGUGUUUCUUUUCAAGCUGUCAGAAUAUCCUCUGAAAUGGAAAAAUACAACAUUAUUGAAGACAAUUGAUUCCCUGGCUAUUCCAGUUUAUUGUAAAAAUAUUUAAGCCUUCACAAACAUGGCUACUGCAUCAUUCAGAAGUUUAGAAAAUGAAGAUCUCUUCUAGUGUGUUUUUUUUUUUUUAUUUCCUAAAUGGGCAUGAACGUGGAGGCUGGAGCUGACUCUCCUUGGAUCAAAAUAGACCCUCUUUAAAUUUCUGUGCGUCUCCUUCCUGACGCUGGAGAUAAGUUAUCUUGAUGAAAACAGCUUAGUUGCAACUAACUUGCACUUUUUAACCAAAAACUAAGCUUGUUUUUUUGUUCUGAUUUUUCAUAUAGGGUCCCUUUUCACCUGCUGCUCUAGGGCCUACGACAUGCAUUCUUAUGCAAGUGUAACACUUGAAACAGGAGAAAUUAAAAAAAAAAAUAAAAGUUAAAGCCCUGAGGCUUUUUGCUUAUUCUUUUUUUUCCCUUUUAGUCUAGUUCCACAAUGCUCCAAACAGGCUAAAGAAGAGGAGGAUGGUUGCGGAUAGCAAAAAAGCCAGCUCUGCUGUGGUCACCCCACCAUUAAAGAUCUUGCCCCAGAUGGAACUGCUGUGGUACGUAACCACCGUACCUGCGGGCUCUAAGGCGGCAGCUGCUGCAUCCCAGCAGCAGCAUCAUUACAGCCUAUUGGCAGGAGAGGAGACACGUUACAGAGCAAAACAGAGUCAGCAUUUAAUUAACUUUGCUCCUAAAUACUGAUGGUCAAAGAGGAGAGACAAACCGAAAGUGCCCCAAAACUGCGGCAGCUUUGGACAGUGUCUUUGCAAACACAGCCCGGGUGUGGAGCCAGCCGGGCACGCUCCACACGCAGCGGCGUCCCUUCACUCCGCAGCUACGAUUUUGCUCUUUGUAAGUAGUUAUUUAAGGACAGCAGAGCCGAUGAGGAGGGAGGCCCUGGGCCUCUCUGCACAUGGGGCGGCCAGUGGCCCCUCGGCACCCUGGGGCACGCGAGGCCGAGAGCAGCACCGAGCAAGCGGGUCUGGUGCGACUGGAAACAUCACUCAGCGGAGUUUUCGGAUGGAGCUGGGUCACACAAACAUGCUAAAGUGUUUCAGUCCUCCUGGAAAAAUUAGGAAAAAUCCAAGCAGGAAGCUCUGCAGAGCAGCUGCGUUUCCCAAGCCAUCGGGCCCAGCGGAGAAAUUAGCCGAGCGUCAGCACCCAAGCGCUGGAGGGAGGAAGGUCAGUGCGAUACGGAUCACUUUUACCUAAACUGCCUGCCACCAGUAAGCACAAAAACUACCUGUGUCAAACACCUGCUUGGAAUUAAUCCUAAAGAACCAUAAAUAAAUUAAUCUGAACUUCUUCCCUGGAUGGAGCAGGAUUUAAGUACUUGCUUGGAGUUACAGGGAUUCUUAACUUCUGUACUCACUUAGGAGUUGUUACGGCCGUUUUCUGCAGCCUUUCAAUGAUCACUGAUUUGAGCAAGGAGCAGCAGGAUCCAGAACUCUCUUAUUUUUUGGACUAAGCUGUAUUUUUCAUUUCUCUAUAGUACCUUUAUUUCAGAAGACAGCAUUAAAUACCUUACUGUCAGAAAUGAACACUUUGCCUGAGAAUGUCAACAGCCAUUUAACUGCAGCUGGAUGUUUUCAGCCGGCUCACUUCUGCCCAGGGUAGGGCCUGCUCCCUUCAGCGUUGCUAAUUACGUACUAGAUGUAGAUUUUGGAGCUGCAUUCAUUUUAAAUGAUUCAGUGGUUCAGUGAUUCAAAGACCAUCAGAUGCUGUGAUGAGAAUGAAGCACAGGGCAAUGCCUUUCCGUUGUGCCCCUGUUCCACAAAAAUUGCUCAGGUUAAAAAAAAAAAAAAAAAGAAAAAGAAAGAAAGAAAGAAAAGCCACCAAAAUAGCAGACUUUUGCCAUUUCAAAGCCAGAAUAUUUUUUGUUCAAAUAAAAAUAAACUUUUGUUUCUUGCAAGUGAAGCAUUAUACUUUUUUGUAUUUGUAAAUCUGUGGGGAAGCAUUAAACAGUCAUCUCUGUUAAGGAGUAAGUCAUUGAUAGAGGGGAGUGACUCUCCCUUCCUGAUGUUUCAUUGUAAUGUUUGUUGUAUAUAUUUGCACAUUAAACUGUGUAUCUUUUUCUAAUAAAUUAAUAUAAAACAUA